AUGGGAAACGUAAGCAGGAAAGAGGCCAGAGGCCUGGGACCUGACAGCACCACGACAGUGGAAGACACUCAGCCUGCGGCACUUCACACCAAACUCUAUGAAGCCAUCUUGAGAGAAGACUGCACCAUGAUCAAAGGGCUCCUGAGAGAUCACCCCGUCAACCAGCCCAUCACUGUUCUGGCCGACUCUACCAGCCACAGAUUCCUCCUCAGCCAGCAGACUCAGCCCAUCAUCCCCAUUCACCUGGCGGCGGAGUACCGCAAAGCCCAGAGCUUGCUCUGUCUGUUACAGCACGGUGCUGACCCGGAAGCCAGGGACACAAGGGGCCUCACCACCCUCCACCUGAUGCUGCUGCAUUGGCCAAUCACAUUUACCAUGUGGACAAUACCAGGAAACAGGAUCCAGACAAUCCUGACCGAGAUUCAGAACAACGCUGUCACAUGUUUACGCAUCUUAUGCAAACAUGGCGCGCAAGUGAAUGCCCGAGUGGACGACAACAACAAGCACUCACCUCUGCACAUGGCCGUAACCUACGGGACCUACCUGGUUCUCUCCAUCUUGGCCCAGAAUGGGGCCCACGUCAAUGCCCUUAAUGAAUCCAGCAUGACCCCCCUUCACAUGGCCGCAGACAUCCUCAACAAGGAAAUGAUGGAGGUGCUCGUGGCCUGCGGUGCCAACGUGAACUGUGUAGUCUCGUCCACGGGCAACACGGCCCUCAAGCUGGCAGUGUGUGCCGCAUCCACCAAAGCCGGCCGGAUGCUGGCAGCGGGCGUCGGCUGCAUCCGUCUGCUCCUAAUGAGUGGUGCCAAGGUCAACGCCCAGGACCACGAAGGCCAAACCGCUAUGCACGAGGCAUGUUUUGGAGGCAGAGAGGCAAUAAUCAACCUCCUGCUUGAAUUUGACGCAAAUGUAAACAUAUUAACAAGAAAUGGGGAAUCUCCGAUCUACACGUACCUCCUGCGCAGCUCCAACAUCAGAGACGUGGCCCUUCUCGCCAGGCUCCUUGAUCUCGCCUAUCCUUUGAGGCUAACCAACCACCAAGGAGUCCUACCUGCAGGGCUCAUGCUACCAGAAUUCCAUCUCUUAAGGGAAACCCUCAUCAAGUUAUCACAAAAGCCCUCAUCCCUAGGGGACAUCUGCAAAAGAAGCAUCAGGAGUGUUUACGGCGAGAAGUACAAACAACACUUGAAACGCCUUCUCCCAGGGAAGGUAUGGAACUCUGUAUACACUUAUCAAGACUUCACCUACCUCCUGAAAUAA